GUUGGUAUAAAUAUCUCCUCUGUUCCAAAGCUUGGUCCAUGUGUAAGGGCGUCUGUUCAAGAGGAUUUCCUACACAUGCAUCCUAAGAAGACCCUGGCUCAAUUGCACGAUACUCCUGAGGAUGGAACAUUUGUCGUAUAUGCGACUUUUAAUGGCUUUGUGGAUGGCGAGGAUUGUUGGUAUCCGGCUUGCAAAUGCCAUCGGAGCGUUGCUCCUGAUUCCGAAGCGUACUAUUGUAAGGGAUGUGUCAAGAACGUUUUUCAGAUGGUGCCUAGGUAUAGGGUUAAGAUUAAUGUGAGUGAUGCAACCAGCGUGGCAGUGUUUGUUAUGUUUGCUGGUGAUGUCCAGAAUAUACUGAACUUGUCCUGUAGUUCUCUUGUGUCUGCCUCAAAGGUAUGUUCAUGUUUGUUGUGGCUCCUUUUAUGUAUUUUUCCAUAUCGGUUGUUACAGUUGCCUGUGUAUUAUUUUUCAGUUUUUUGA